AUGGAUCAACAGGAAGAUGAUGGUCUGAAAUGGUUCGGUGAAGGAUUUGACGGCUUUCCCAAGAGAUUGCCAGACGAUUGCGUGGAGUAUCAGAUUUAUCUUGUCGAGACUGAAUCAAAAUCAUUCAGCACUGUUCAAUCGAGAUUCAACGAGAUACUGAAAUUUGUCAAUGCGCUGAAGAAGAAAUAUCUGAUUGAUUACAUCUGGCAACGGGAUGGAUUUAAUCUGACACUGAAAUCAGGAUCAGAUGGCCAUCAUACGCCGACAACAGAUGGCGAGAAGCCCCGGUCGCAUGUUCCGCCUCAUUUACAUGGACGCACAAAUUUUGGUGACUCAAUAGCUGAUGAAUGGCUCAUUGUAUUCUUACUGCUAGAAACCAGCAAGAGAUUCGAAGAUACUUGGAUCCGUGUCUACGACACCGAUGGGGAAUUUCUGCUCAUUGAAGCAGCGGCAGCUCUCCCAAAAUGGCUCAACCCAGAGAUUGCAGAGAAUCGUGUCUGGAUCAACAAAGGAAACCUGAAACUGAUCAAGAUUAUUUCCAGUGAUGUUACAAACAACAUCACUCUAUCCGAUGCUUUGAAUACGCUCCAAGAGUCUCCCGGAAACCUCCUGGUCGAUGGCACAAUUCAAUCUGCGGCGUUUGAUCGUCUCGAAGAUUAUCCUGCCGCAAUCACAAAAUCGUUUCAUACAUCGCGUACUGUCCUGCCCCGACGGGUAGCGUGGCUGCUGCACCGAAACACUUCUUUCAUAUCAUCUGCCGUAGAAGCCUUCUAUCUUCGGGAUCCCAUCAGCUUAAAGCCGUUGUCUAGCAAAGAUUUAUCGACCUUAUCAUUUCCUCCGGAGGACUUUGUCACGGUCAGCGUAAAAUACACGAAGGUCGGCUUUGCCCAGCUUCGCGGUCAGAUUUUCGCGCCACCGCCGUCAUGGGUUGGCCUUGCACCAAGAGUGCAGAGAGACGAAAAGGCAGCCAUGGGCAUGAAAGUCGCCUGCGGAAUGGAAAUGCUGGUGUCAGAUCCGCAGCGACAAGAUGACAAAGCUGUUCGGGAAAUCAGAAUCCUUAUGGAGGAUCUCGAAUCGGGCGAGGAGAAGCUUCCUGCGGACGACGAGAUUCGGACGUGGCAGGAUGUCGAAGACGAUGAGAGCUGGCUCGAUGUGGAUUAUGCUGAAUUCGCGAAGGAACUUGAUGGGAAGAAUGCAAGCGGUUCAGCCGGGGAACCAAAGGGAUUCGGUGACGAAUCUGCGCAAUCAAACUUGCGUAAGAUGGUGUCCCGAUUUGAGGAAUUCCUGGACGAUGACGGAGCAGGCGCGGAGGGUGUGGACGAGAUGGACAACGAUGAUGACAGCAGUGCAUCGGACAGCAACGACACAACUCAAAAGGCUUCAUCUGAGCGAGCUGAAAAGCAACCCCAUUGGGAUUCACAUCUUGCAAGCGUCGAAUUUGAGAAGGCAAUCUCUGAUAUUCGUGGCAUGACUGAAGACGAAAUCAAGACAAGUGGACUGCUAGAUGAAGCAAGAAAGCUGGCGCUCGAGGACCGCGAAUAUGAAAAGCAGCACGAUGACACCGAGUCUCUCAACGAGGAGGAUGGUUUGCAAGAGAUCAUGGCACUCAUGGAGAAAGAAAUUCAAGCGCGGAAAGCGCGAGCUACUCAGGAACAUGGCAAAAGCAAAGCCACUCAGAAGCCAUUUUUCGGCCCUGAACAGGACGAUUCAGAGGAGGAUAUUGAUCUCCCGCCUCUAUCAUCAGAUGAGGAGGAUUAUAAUGACCUCGAUGCACCCGGUCAGGAAGACUACAAUCACGUAAAUCUCAACCUCGCCAAGAAUCUCCUCGAAAGUUUCAAGGGCCAGGCAGGUUUGCCAGGGCCGGCUGGUAACCUCAUGCGUGCGAUGGGCAUGAAUGGAAUGAUGCCUCGAGAUGCUGACGAUGCUAUCGAUGCGGAGCGAUGA